AUGAAGUCCAUUGCUGUUCUGUCUUCUCUCGCCCUUGCCGGCCUCUCCGCCGCGCAGUUCCAGGGCCUGCCUCAGUGUGCUCAAGACUGCGCCAGUCAGUUCUUCUCGGGCGGCAUCGGCAACUGCGGCUCCGACGCAAAGUGUAUCUGCUCCAACAAGAGCUUCCUCGGCGACAUCGCCUGCUGCCUCGCCAAGCCCGGCGGCUGCAACGAGAAGGAUCAGUCCUCGGCCGUCGCCUUCGCCUCGACCAUCUGUGACGCCCAGGGCGUCACCGUCCCCACCGCCGUGAGCUGCACCGCCUCCCAGUCCGGCGGCUCCUCCUCGUCCGGCAAGACCACCGGCACCCCGGCCACCAACUCGGCCGGCACCACCUCGCGCACCAGCUCCGGCGGCGCCCAGCAGACGGGCGCCAGCACCAGCAACACUGCCGCCUCGGGCGCCAACAACCCUUCCUCCUCGAGCUCCAAGGCCUGGGCGCCCAAGAACACCGCCGCUGCCGGUGGUCUUCUGGGUGGUGCCCUCGCUGUUGCCGCCAUGCUCUAG